AUGCCUUCACUGGGGUUUCUCAAGAAAAAGCGGACCAGAGAGGGCAACUCUGAUCCUUCUGCUUCAAGUCCAACUAGUCCAGUUACUCCUACCACUUCCAGGUCCAAGUCCAUCUCUAAAGCUUUUCACCUGCCUCGAACAAGCAGGCAAUCAACCUCAGCACCAAGUGCCCAACCAACCAACGGCCAGAGCCAGCAGCAGCCAGACCAGAUUCAGGAAGGUGCCGUGUCUCAAUCGAAUCAAUCCUCUGCGCCGAAUGAGCAGACGACAGCAGCUACGGACGGACAGCAACAAGAAGAUAUGAGCGCAAUUAACCUCCAUCAACCCUCAUACGGUGCGGGCAGUCCUAUGAAUCACGAUCAUCAGAACCUACCCAGCAUCAAUAACCUCAUCAACCCGCCCCAGCAACAGCAGCAGCACAAUGCACAGGGCAAUUCCUACAACAACGGCCAGACCAACCCGCAGUACCUAGCCGCCACGAUAGAUAGCCAUCGACCGCAGACCGUCAGUCCCGGAACUGAUCCCGCAGCCCUCCAACAACAGCAGCAGCAAGCUCUGCCACAGCCGAGUAUGCCUCCGCAACAGCAACAGUCGCAGGCGCAGCAACAACACCAGCAGAACCAGAGUCAGAAUCAAGCGCAACAGCAACAACAGUACCAACACCAGCCGCACCAUCAACAGAACGCUAGCACUGGUUCAGUCAUGCGCGUAACAAAGGGAAAAUACUCGUUGGGUGACUUCGAUAUCUUGAGGACGCUUGGAACUGGUAGCUUCGGCCGAGUACAUUUAGUCCAAUCGAAGCACAACCAGCGUUUCUAUGCGGUCAAGGUGCUCAAGAAGGCCCAGGUGGUCAAAAUGAAGCAAGUCGAACAUACCAAUGACGAACGUCGCAUGCUAGCUGACGUCAAACACCCUUUCCUUAUUACCCUCUGGGGCACGUUCCAGGAUCCGAAGAACCUCUACAUGGUGAUGGAUUUCGUUGAAGGUGGAGAGCUAUUUUCACUUCUGAGGAAGUCGGGACGUUUCCCUAACCCUGUUGCCAAAUUCUACGCCGCGGAGGUCACUUUAGCUUUGGAAUACCUCCAUUCAAAGAACAUUAUAUACCGUGAUCUCAAGCCAGAAAAUUUGCUACUUGAUCGGCAUGGCCAUCUUAAGAUUACAGAUUUCGGUUUCGCGAAGCGAGUGCCUGACAAGACAUGGACUCUGUGUGGUACUCCGGAUUACCUAGCUCCUGAAGUGGUCUCUAACAAAGGCUACAACAAAUCCGUGGAUUGGUGGUCCUUGGGUAUCCUGAUAUAUGAAAUGCUAUGCGGUUACACCCCCUUCUGGGAUAGUGGAUCUCCCAUGAAGAUCUACGAAAACAUUCUCAAGGGCAAAGUUAAAUAUCCGGCAUACGUCAACGCGGACGCUCAAAAUCUUCUUGAGCGUCUGAUCACAGCCGACCUCACAAAGCGAUUAGGUAACCUCUACGGAGGCCCAGAUGACGUGAAGAACCAUCCUUGGUUCGCUGAAGUCACCUGGGAUCGAUUAGCCAGGAAGGACAUUGACGCGCCCUACACGCCACCAGUCAAGGCGGGUGCCGGAGACGCGAGUCAAUUCGAUCGUUACCCUGAGGAUCCCGAGAAGUACGGAGUGGUUACGGCACCAGAUGAGUACGGUCACAUGUUUACGGAGUUUUAA